AUGGAUGAACAAAGAAUAAGUCAAUCUGUAAUAAGAGCAAAUAGAAUAUCAUUUGCAAGUGGAAUAAAAUCAGGAGGAGGACAAUUUACAGUUGAAGCAAGAUGGGGACAUGCAUCUGUAUCAUUGGGAAAGAAGGUAUAUGUAUUUGGAGGACAGGGCGAGUCUUUAAUGUCAACUUUUUGUGUGUACGAUUGCACCAAUAGUAUAUGGAGUGAAGUUCACACACUUGGCAAAGGACCAUCGGCACGUCAUGGACACACAGCAACACUGGUAGAAGAUGGAGAGACACCCAAGAUUAUGAUAUUUGGAGGCAAGAAUAACAAAAAGUCAUUGAAUGAUCUCUUUUGUCUCUCGUUGCCAACCAUGUCAUGGAGUACAUUCCACUUUGACAAGGUUCAACCAGAUUCAAGAGCAGCUCAUACAUGUACAUUUGUGCCUGCGAUACCAGGCAAGACAGCCUCCAACAGAAUGAUAUUGUUUGCAGGCUUCCAUUCACACAAAUAUCUAAAUAGUUUGUAUUCGUUGGAAUUUCCGCGGCUACAAAACGACACGAUUCGUUGGAUCAAGCCAACCACCCGUGGCAGCACGCCGUCGGUGCGGUCAGGUCACUCCAUGUCGCUCAUUUCCAAAGAGUCGGGCAUACUCGUUUUGUUUGGUGGAUUCGAUGGCAAGCGAUCACUCAAUGAUGUACAUACUCUGAAUUGCUCGUCAUCCGAUGUCUUGGAGUGGAACAAAGUACAGACAUCUGGCAUCUCGCCGGUUGCCCGUCAUGGUCAUACCGCCGUAGUCGUCAACUCUCGCUACCUUGUCAUCCACGGUGGAUGUAGCGAAACUACCUUUUUAAACGAUGUACAUAUAUUGGAUCUCACAACUUGGAAUUGGACGCAACCUCAUGUUGCUGGUAUCCCUCUAUUUCCACGUCUUUUUCACUCUGCAAACCUUAUGGAUUCAGGAGAGAUGGUUGUUUUUGGUGGUUGUUCAAGUGGUCGACUUUAUAGUGACAUGUGUGAAUUGGAUUUAAAAUUCCUUUUCCCAAUUGGUCAUUUUAAUCAAUCAUUAUCUUCUUCAUCAUCAUCUUUAUCAUCUUCAUCACAAUCAAAUGUUAAUAAUUUAAAUUUACCAUCACCUCAACAACUUCACAUACAAUCAAAUAAUAAUAAUAAUGUUAAUAAUAAUCAUAAUAAUAAUAAUAAUAAUAAUAAUAAUAAUAAUAUUAAUAAUAUUACUUCAACUACAACGACCACCAAUACUAAUAAUUAUAAUAAUAAUAUAUCAAGUCCAUCAUCUCCAUUAUCAACGUCAUCAUCAUCAUCAUCUGAAAAUGGAGUAUUUUCGACCAUUUCUACAACUAGUACAAUUUCAACGCCACCACCAAUUCUACCAAACCUUCACAAUUCAAUUGAAUUGGAAUCACAAUUAUCACAUGCAAGAUCUUUGCUAGUGUCUGAGCAAAGACAAAAGACUAUACUAUCAAAUGAAUUGCAAAUGACAAAGCAAGCACAAACCUCUGCCAUCCAAUCAAUCAUUGAGGAACAAACAAGAUACGAAGAGUUGGAAAAGGCACUCUCUAAAUUGGAGUUGUCCUACAAAAAAGAACAAACUGAAAAGGUAAAAUCCAAAGAUAUGAUCACCAAACUAUCACUGUCACUCAAGGAAAAGGAUUUGCAAAUUCAAAACCUUCAACAACAGGCAGUCACUGUGAAUCAAGUGAAAAUACAUACCAACAAUAUUAUGCAACAACUAAGUAGUAAUGGAGCUGAUGAUCAACAUACAAGUGCUUCACGUGUCAAAGAGUUGGAGAGACAAAUUGAACAAAUGAAAAAGGAUAAUCAAUCAUUGGUUACAACCGUCAAGGAAUCACAACAAAAAGGAAGAGAUUUGGAAGAACUCAAUUCCCACUUACGUCUACGUUUCGGUCUUUCCAAUCAAACCAUUAAAAUCGAUCAUCUAUUGGGUCAAGGAUUAACUAGCUUAUCAGAUUCUGAUUUGGAUAAAAUUGAACAUUAUCAUCAAGAACAAUUAAAAAGAACAACUAAAAUUAGAGCACAACAAGAAGCAAUUAGGUUACAAAAAGAAUCAUCAAUGUGUAUUGUAUGCGCAGAGAGACCAGUCAGUAUCAUUUUAUUACCAUGUGCCCACAGAUGUUUAUUUGAAUCUCCUUUUAAUGAUAAAUCUCAUGGAUUAACCAAAUUUAGAACUAUUUAA